UUAAUUAUUUAAAUGAUUGGUUCGAUAACGCUUAUUUUGAUUUAACUGUCGUAUAAAAGAUAAGUUGCGAGUUGCGACACCGCCUUGCGACUAAAUAUAGUACCAACUUAACGCAACGAGUUAACGAACUCAUUCUGUUAUUGUUCCGUGAUCGAUGAUCAUUCGUUGAAGUUCGUUGAAUGUUGAACUGUGCUUGUGAUAAUAUUUGUUCUUCUGGAGGCCUAUUCUGUAACUUUUAACAAAUGCGUUAUAACUGUAACGCAUGCGUUAGUCGUCGUAUCGUCGACGAAUUCAUGGUUAACAAAUGAAUUAUAGUUAUAACGCAUGCGUUAAAAGUUACAGAAUAAGUCUGCUGGAUCGAUUGCUAUUCUAAUAAAGAAGUCAUCACCAACAAAAAUGAGUGAAAGUCCACCGGAAAGUAGGAAUCGUCGUAGAAAUACGAACAAGCAAAUAAUUAAUGAAUUAGUUAGGCAAUGUAGGAAUCAAAGAAAAUUGGACGAUUUAAGAAAUCGAAUUACUACUGUCUACAAGACAGAGGCUUCAUCCGAUAAAGAGGUUUCAUCCGAUGAAGAGGUUUCAUCCAAUGAAAAGGUUUCAUCCGAUGAAGAGAAUAAUGAAAUGCUGCCCAUUCCAGGGAUUGAAGAUAUUUCUUUAUUAGAAACAAAUUCUGAAGUAUCAACAGAAUCUGAUGCAUCUAUCGAUCAACUUGAAAAUGAAAAUAUGGAUGAUAACAAUAAUUAUAAUAAUGACAAUGACAGUGAAUUACAUUUUGAAGAUGAGAAUAAUGACAGCGAAGGAAGUGUUGAAAUUAAUGAUGCUAACAGAUAUAGUAACGAUGAAGAAAAUGAUGAUUUAAUGAUUGAAUUUGAAAAUGACGAACAGAGAGGACGCUAUGUUUUAAAAACAUUGAGGGAGUGGGCCCUUGAAGGAGGUGUGUUAUCUAUGAAGAAGUUAAAUGAUUUACUUCGUAGAUUGAGAGUAUUGUUUCCCAUCUUACCUAAAAGCUACAAAACCUUACUCCAAACUUCUCGAGAUUUAGAUAUUGAUCGAUUACCUGAUGGAUCUCAAAUGUGGUACAAGAGUAUAAGAACAAACCUUGACAACAUGCUUCUUGAUGAAUAUUUAAAUAUUUACAAUUCUGUUAUUAUUGAUAUCAAUAUGGAUGGCCUUCCAUUGUCUAAAAGUUCUAAAUUAAAAGUUUGGCCAAUUUUAGGUUAUUUAGUAAAUACAGAAAAUGAGCCUUUUAUUAUUGGUUUGUACUUUGGUGAUCAUGAUCCUGUUGACAUACAUUUUUAUCUGCACAAAUUCGUAAAUGAGCUCGAAGAUUUAUUGGAAAAUGGAUAUAUUCGGGAUAAUUGUACAUAUCCAUUCAUAAUAAGAAAUUAUGUUCUUGAUGCACCAGCUCGCUCAUUGGUGAAACGCUGUGUUAGUCAUGGAGGUUAUGGAGCUUGUGAAAAAUGCACAUGUGUUGGUGAAUAUGUUGCGGAUCGUAUAGUUUAUACAAAUCUGAAUGCUCCAUUGCGAACUGAUCAUUCAUUUAUUAUUCAAGAAGAUCCACUUCAUCAUAUAUGCCGUUCUAUUCUAAAGAGAGUAGAUACAGGAAUGGUGUCUCAAUUUAGAUUGGAUUCAUUUCAUUUAGUUUGGCAUGGAGUUUUCAAACGAUUAUGGAUGGUAUGGAUGCAAUGGAAUGGGCCAUGGAAACUUAACAAGUUCUCCAGAAAAAAUAUUUCUAACAAUCUAAAUUUUUUGAGGGAUUUCUGUCCAAGUGAUUUUUGCAGACUACCAAGAUCAAUUGAUGACUGGAAAAUGUACAAAGCUACAGAAGAGAGACGAUUAUGUCUUUAUGAUGGACUCCUAAUAUUUCGAAAUAAUUUGCAAGAAAAUGUUUAUAAAAACUAUCUCUUACUUCAAGCUGCCCUGUAUAUUCUCUCUAGUCCUUUACAUGUUAAUGUAUUGAAUGACUUUGCUAAUGAAUUGCUUAGAGCAUUUAUUAAGCAUUGUAUAGAAUUGUACGGGAAACGUUUUGUGGUAUAUAAUGUUCAUUCGCUUUCUCAUUUAGCUCAAGAAUGUGCAGAGCAUGGUUCUCUGGAGAAUUUUAGUUCUUUUAUGUUUGAAAAUCGCUUAAAAUCAAUCAAAAGUAGCCUAAAAUCUGGAUAUAAACCACUGCAACAAGCUGUAUUACGGGAUUUAGAACGAGUCAGAGCAAUAAAAAUUAAAUUAAAAGCUAAAGAGAAGAUUAUUCACCUUUCUCACAGACAUGAGGAUGCAGAAGAACAAUUACCAGGAACACACUUUCGGUGUCUUUCUAUUGAUAGUAUGGUAUUACGGAUUGAUAUAAAGAACUGUUGCUUCUGCACAACAGAUGGAAAUGUUUACAUUUUAAGGAACAUUGUAAAGCAAGAGAGAAGAGUGAUGCUUGUUUGUAACAAGUUUCAGGAUAUAGGCGAUUUUUAUACAUAUCCUUUUCCAUCCUCUCGAUUAGGUAUUGUGAGAGUUUCUCAAAUAGAUGACGAAAGGUUCAUUGUGCCAUUGCAUGAUGUUCAUGCUAAAUGUUGGUUAAUGCCCUAUUCCGAUGAUUGUUUUUUAUGUGUUCCUCUUCUCCAUACAAUAUUAUUCCAAUAAUAUUUGAGAUUUUUUCUGUUAAGGUAUGCAAUAUAAGUAGUAAUCUUAGUAUAGGUUUACAAAUUUUUUCAAAUGAAACCAUUUGUCAUUACGUGGAAAGUGUAAUUUGUGACAUGAAAAAGUGACAAGAAAAAAGUUUUUAUAUUUUAUGCUUAUUGUAAUUUUAUGUGUU